GGAGUGGAGGCGGAAGCGGAAGGGAAGCAGUGGGCGCUGAAACAUGGCGUGCACAUACACACGCAGAGUCAGGGAGAUGACAGCCGGCUUGUGUGUAUUUUCUGCGCUUAUCGCAACAUGUGUGAUGCUGCAGCCCUCAUCGGCCAAGCCGGGUAAAUUAAGAGAAAUCACAGAUGGUAACUGGGAGGAAAUCCUGACUGGAGAAUGGAUGAUCGAGUUCUUUGCUCCAUGGUGUCCGGCCUGCCAGCAGCUCCAGCCCGUGUGGAAUGAGUUUGCAGAAUGGGGAGAAGAUUUGGGAUUGAGCAUUGCCAAAGUGGACGUCACCGAGCAGCCGGGUUUGAGUGGGAGGUUUAUCAUCACAGCUCUCCCAACUAUCUACCACUGUAAAGAUGGUGUGUUUCGGAGAUAUCAAGGAGCCCGAUCUAAAGACGACUUCCUGAGCUUCAUUGAUGACAAGAAAUGGCAGAGCAUAGAGCCGGUCUCUUCCUGGUUCGGCCCCUCUUCCUUCCUGAUGAACGCAAUGUCAGCCCUCUUUAAGUUAUCCAUGUUCAUCAGGCAUUGCCAUAAUUACUUAACGGAGCAGCUGGGCGUCCCGGUUUGGGGCUCGUAUGGGAUAUUUGCUCUGGCAACACUCAUCUCAGGAUUGACUCUUGGAUUGGUGCUGGUUUUCGUCGCAGAUUUUGUGUUCCCAUCACGACGACUUUCACCAGAUUAUCACCACAGGAAACUGCUUGCGGGGCAGGUGCGUCUCCUGCAGCAAUCUGAAGAUGAGCAGGAAGCAGAUGGAGAGGAAGAGGAUGAUGAAGACGAGUAUGGGGGAAAGACUGAAGAGUGGCAGCCGGUGGGCGGAGCCGAGGCUGUCAGAAGAAGAGGUUUGGGUGUGCCGGAGGAGGACACCUAGAGGACUGGAGAGGAACUGCCUCACUGUGCACAAAAUCGCUACACAAACCACAUUGCAACGGCAAUGCCCUCACGUGCUGCCAUAGCAGUGCUCAUUGAGCUUGAUGAUAUCACAUAUGAUGUCAUAGCUCCCUUCUGAAAGAUUGAUGUGGUUGUGCUUUUCUCUCUAUUUUGCCGCAGGUUUGCGCUUUCUCUUUUCCAAAAAGCUUCAGUUUUAAUUAUUACACCCCUUGCUACGCAUUAUGUGCACACAGUGUGUGUGUGUUAGAGCAGUGCUUCUCAAAGCUGUCCUGGUCACCCACCACUGCACAUUUUUAUCAGUAACACCCUAUUUAAGUCUUGCAGUCUCUACUAAUGAGAUGAUGAGUUGAAUCAGGUGUGUCAGAUGAGGAUGAUUCCCAGGACAGCUUUGAGAAGCACUGUGUUAGAGGAAUAUAAGCACCAAUUUCACGACACACAGCUGCAAUAUUCCCCUUACAAAUACUGAGCAAAUAACCAAGAUCAAACAACGACCUCACUGUGAAAUUAGGCUUUUGGGAAUAUGAAAGGUUUUGUGCUUUACUUUGUAAAUAUUUUAUUAUUUGAGCUUUUUUGGAUGCCUGCUAUAUAAAGUUGGAAUGUUCAGUUUGCUGUUUUAAAUGUCUUUUCUUCCAUAUAGAGAUCAGAUUCAUACUUUUUGUGUUUGGUUUUUGUGUUAUUGAAGCUUUGGGAAUGAACUAACGUGUGUGUGUAUGUGUGUGAUUGUGAUUAUUAUUUGACACCGAAAGACACUUUUAUUAGUUGUCCCAUAGACCUGAUUUGUGUUCUUAUGUUUUACUUUAAAAUGAGUUUCAUUCAUUUUACCUUCCACACCUGGUUUCCUUCAAUAUUUUUUGUUGAAUAACGCAUAGGCAUACAGUAUCCGAUUCGUUUGAACUGGUGCAUCACGUUUUCUUUCAGGUGUUUUUAUGUUACAGUGGAUUUUAGGAUGUAUAUUUGAAUUGUAUCUUGGUCUUCCAAGUAGUUUUCUUCUUAUCUUUACGUUACUAUACUUUGACCUCGGACCCUUGACUGAUCCACUAGAAUUAAAGUGCUUCUCAAAAUGUUCUGCUUAAUUGUCCACAGCAGAACGAUUCUAACGUGUGAAUGUCUGCAUUUACAACUUUAUUGCUUAAAGCGUGUGUGUGUGUGUGUGUGAGAGAGAGAUUUUGGAAUGUUUCUGUAUUUGAGACUGUAAAUCAGCACUGUUAAUAAACAGUCUAAAGCUGA